AUGAAAAGAACUUAUUUUGUUCGUUAUUUGACUUUAAAGAAUGCCGCAAAAUGGGGUGAGGAAUACGCAUACGGUGGUGCCGCUGGAGGAGGACAACAGCAAUCGGGCGGUGGUGGCGGUGAACAACAACAACAACAACAACAACAACAGCAACAACAAAAGCAACAGCUUCCCCCCGGAGUGACCAAGCCUCGCACUGAUGUUUCUUGCUACAUGGGACCCAUC